UAAUUUAAUCCCCGCCUUUUUCACCCUUUCUUCUUUACUGUGUGUAUCCCUUCCCACCUCUCACACUCUCACUGACUCACCUUGUUCAUGUAGCUCUCUCUCUCUCUCUUCUCUCUACUCUCUCUUCUCUAUUCUCUGUCUGUCUCUCUCUCUCACACACACAGAUAAGCAGAGCAACACGGUGUGUGUGCAAUGUGACUGGAUAUUCUCACAUUCCUCCACCCCCAAAUCUGGCAUUAACUCUCUAUCUCUUUCUUAGAGAAACACACACAAAGACAACAUCAAUGCCCUCCUCCAGCAUCCUCCUCCUCUUCUUGUUAUCCUGGAUGAGCAGCACCGCCGCCCUCCACCGCCGCCGUAUUCUCCACCAGCCAUUCUUCCCGCAGGAUUCCUCCCCCCCUUCACAGCCCCCUACCCCGCCCCCACCGCCACCACCCAUCCCCAAAUACCCCUUUUCCACUUCUACCCCCAACAACACCCCAUUCUUCCCAUCCGAUCCCUCUUCCCCACCGCCCCCCUCCCCGGCCUCCCUCGCCUCCUUCCCCGCUAACAUCACCUCCCUCAACCUCCCCCACUCCAAAUCCAAAUCUGCCUCCGCCAAGCUCAUCGCCGCCGCUGUUGCCGCCGUCAUCGCCGCCGUCGUCAUCCUCACCCUCGCCUUUUUCAUCCACUUCCGCAACCGCAGGAGAACCGAGAGAUCGUCCGCUCACGACCACGCUAAAUCGCAGAGAUCCGACAGCACCACCACCACUACCGCCACCACAUUCCGCGGCCCUCCUGAUAACCGCCACAUUCCCAAGCUUCAGAGACCUUCGCAGACCAGCUCAGAGUUCCUGUACCUCGGCACUUUGGUCAAUUCACAUGCCGCCGCCGCCACUACGGGCGGCGGCAUUAUCUACAAUGGAAGCAGUAGCGCCCCUGGCGACAACCGCACUUCAAAUCCGAGGAAAAUGGACUCCCCGGAGCUCCGGCCGUUGCCGCCGUUGAACGCACAGCAGAGUUCCAGGCGGAGUUAUCGGAACAAUGCUGACGUGGCGUCGAGCAGAGACGAUGAAGACGAAGAGUUCUACUCUCCCAAGGGCUCGUUGAACGGCAGGGAGAGUUCGAUUGGCGCCGGAUCAGCUUCUAGAAGGGCGUUUGCCGCCAUUGAUGUGGAAAAUUUUAAUGGCUCAACUUCGAAUUCUUCCUCAACCUACUCUUCUUCUGCUUCCGGAUCGGCUACGGGCUCUCCGGCGAGGUCCAUUUCGCUGAGUCUUUCUCCAGCAAACAGUUUGAGCCCUAGGAAUUCGAUUCCUAAAUCGCCCGACCUAAUUGAGAUCCAGAAUAUCGCGCCGUUGCAUCGGCAAUUGACGUUGUCCCCUCGGCCGCCAGAUUUCUUGCGUAAGGAAUCCGCAUCUCCAUCGCCGCCAAGUUCAUCAUCACCGGAGAGAUACUCCAGGAGAAGCGAAGAGUCAUCGCCGCGGAUUUCGAGUUUCUCUGAUCAGAACACGGAAUCCCCGGUGAGAAUCAGCAUUCCAAAACCGCAUCCACCUCCACCGCCGCCUCUUGUUGUUCCCUCACGCUCACCAGCUUCUGUCCCCCCGCCACCACCUCCUCCGCCGGUAGCAGGUAAAGUGUGGGAUAGUCCGAGAACUCCAGCUCCGCCGGCCAAAAAGCUCGUCACCGGACCACCCUCCCUGGCUACGCCGUUAAGACCGAUGGCUGGCCCGACAUUGAUUUCUCCGAUUGAAUUGCCUAAAAAUGGCUCAGAAAGCGUUGAGCAGAAUGGUGAAACUGUACAGCGGAAUGAGGAGACUACUCCCAAAACAAAGUUGAAGCCGUUGCAUUGGGAUAAAGUGAGGGCGAGCUCCGAUCGUGAAAUGGUGUGGGAUCAGCUCAAAUGUAGCUCUUUCAAAUUGAACGAGGAGAUGAUCGAGACGUUGUUCGUUGCAAAUGCUUCGAAACCAACUCCAAGCGAAGCAACUGGGUGGAAUGUUCUUCCCACACCUCGCCAAGACAAUAGUAACAGGGUUCUUGAUCCCAAGAAGGCGCAAAACAUUGCAAUCUUGUUCAGGGCGCUCAAUGUCACGGUAGAGGAGGUUUGCGAGGGCCUUAUGGAAGGCAAUACUGAUAUUCUUGGUACUGAGCUUCUUGAGAGUUUAAUGAAGAUGGCACCGACUAAAGAAGAGGAGAGAAAGCUAAAAGAAUAUAAAGAUGUUUCACCUACCAAGCUUGGGGCUGCUGAAAGAUUUUUGAAGGCAGUUCUUGACAUACCCCAUGCUUUCAGAAGAGUUGAUGCAAUGCUAUACAUAUCAAAUUUUGAAUAUGAGGUGGAAUACCUAAAAAAUUCAUUUGCAACAUUGGAGGCAGCUUGUGAAGAAUUGAGGACCAGCAGGAUGUUCCUCAAGCUUCUAGAAGCAGUACUAAAGACUGGAAAUCGCAUGAAUGUGGGAACAAAUCGGGGUGAUGCACAUGCUUUCAAACUAGACACACUCCUCAAGCUUGUUGAUAUCAAAGGAGCAGAUGGGAAGACAACGCUCUUGCAUUUUGUUGUUCAGGAGAUAAUAAGAAGCGAGGGUGCCCGUCUUUCUGGUGGUGGCCCAACUGAGAACACUGCCAUAAGUGAUGAUGCCAAAUGCAGAAAGCUUGGCCUCCAAGUUGUUUCUGGUCUUAGUGGUGAGUUAUCAAAUGUAAAGAAAGCUGCUACUAUGGAUGCAGAGGUGCUGAGCAGCGAUGUCUCCAAACUUUCAAAAGGAAUCGGAAACAUAUCUGAGGUUGUAAGAUUAGUGAAAGCAAUGUCCUUGGAGGACAGCAGCAGCAGCAACAAGUUUUCCGACUCGAUGAGCAGCUUCAUGAAAAAGGCAGAGGAGGAAAUUAUUAGGAUUCAAGCCCAAGAAAGCGUUGCUCUGUCUCUUGUGAAGGAGAUUACCGAGUAUUUCCAUGGAAACUCAGCGAAGGAAGAGGCCCAUCCUUUCAGAAUUUUCUUGGUGGUGAGGGACUUCCUAACGAUUUUAGACCGGGUCUGCAAGGAAGUUGGGAUGAUAAACGAACGAACCAUGGUGAGUUCCGCCUACAAGUUCCCAGUUCCUAUUAACCCAAUGUUACAGCAGGUUGUGGGGGGGUUUCCAAGUAGACAGCGGCACUCUUCCUCGGAUGAGGAGAGUUGUUAGUUUAGCUCUCACAUGAGGUGGUGGCGGCAUCUUCUUAGGUUUAUGGCGAUGAAAAUGUAAGGAUGGUGCCUCCCAACCUUAUUAGGUACUAGCAUAUUCAUUUUAACCAUUUGUAUUUAUAAUAUAGGUGAAUGUAAAAGAUUUUGAAACUUCCAUGUGUUACAGAUAUACACCAAGAUAAUCUUCCAAGCGAUAAGGCCUCAGUCAGUCAAAGGUUGAUGUUUGUAUUUCUACUCUGUAAAAAGUACUGAUUUCCAGAAUUCUUGCUGUACAUAAGCAUGGUUUCUUGAGUUCACUAUUAUUUGUUUCUCGA